AUGAAAACAACUAAAUACUAAUCUCUCAGGAUUAAAGUCAAAUAAUUGGAUGAAUAAAAUCAAUUAAGGGAGGGGAGGGUUGCUACACAUAGAAAAAAUUGCAUUUACCCAAAGAGUUUAGAGUAGGAUCAAAUGUUUUUCAUUUUUAUAAUAUAUAAUAUAAAUGAUAUAUAAUAUAAUAUUUACAUAUAUAUAUGUUUAUUUCGUUUUAAAUAAUAUAAUGAAUAGCAUAAGAUAUUCGGCAGUUGCAAAAUAGUCAAAUGGCAAUUAGACAAAUAAUAUAGGGAGAAGAUUCGACAGAUAAUUGAAACUGAUUUCCUGAAUCAACUAUCUCAAGCAAAGAAGAUUAGUAAAAAUGAUCUCAUACUCUUACAAGAAACUCUGAGAUUCAUCAUCAGAAUCAUCGCACUUAACUUCGAAAUCAAUAAUCUAGAAGCCAAUUUUGGUUCAACAACUAGGAUCAUCUUUGAACUAUAUCAAUAUUUUGGACUAUCAUCCAAAGCAGAAUUGUUAUAGAGUGAGAAGCCUAGCCAAAGCAAAUAGUCAGUUUUUUUGAAUUUAGUUCAACAUCUUGUUGACAUCACAAGGAUGGCUUUAGAACUAACAAUCAAGAGUUAAACCAAUUUAAGACUGUACUGUUUAGGCAAGGAAAUCGGAGAAAAGGGAGUUCCAAAUAAUAGCAAAGUGCCAUUACUGAGGAGAGAGUAGAGAAGUGAGUCGAAUCACCAGGACAAAGUCUAUUAAUCCAAAAAGUCCAUUUAAAGGUUCGACUCGUAGCACAUCUAUGAAUCUCUUCCAAAAUCCCAAAGGACAAUAGAAGAAACUCGACAUUACUCAAGAGAUACCUCAGCAGUUCGAAAUCCUCAACAGAGGAAAACUGAGAUCACCCAAAACAACAAAGCCUUGCCUUGUAUUAAUCAAAUGAAAUCGAUUCAGCUUAGUUUAUACCGAUAACUAAAGUAGCGAAAUUCUAGCAUCCAUAAUUCAAUAUAGACAUACAUAAGACAAAUUUACGAUAAAAACACAAUAACUGAUUGA